AUGACUCCGAUCUUAUCCACAGGGCUAGACGGCGAGAAAGUGGUAGUGCCCGAUGCGCUUGCAGCUGCUCGAAGAUUUCAAGUGAAGCCAUCCAAUGCAGCGGGAGAGUGGGAGCAGCAGAAGAGAGAAGACCAAGAAAUCUGUGACAAGAAGUGGGCGAAGCCUCUCGACGAUCUUAUGGCACUUGUCGGGCUCGAAGAAGUCAAGGCGCAAUUCCUUGCCAUCAAAGCUAAGAUUGAUACCUGCGGAGAACAAAACAUCAAUCUGAAGACGGAGCGUUUUAAUGUGAUCUUUCAAGGAAAUCCUGGUACCGGCAAGACAACUGUUGCCAAUCUAUUUGCGGCCUUCAUGAGAGAUGUGGGAGCAAUUGAGUCAAGCGAUGAUCCCUCUAAGAAAUCUCUCAAGGUAAGGUCUGGCGCCACGAUGGCGUUCAAGGGGGCGAAGGGGGCAAAGAAGAGUAUCAAGAAGCUGGUCAAGGACGCCGGUGGCGGCACUCUCUUCGUCGACGAAGCUUACCAACUUGUCGCUCCACAUGCGUCCAGUGAGGGGCGCCAAGUCCUCGAUAUCAUCUUGACGGAAAUGGAAAAGAACAUUGGAAAGCUACUUGUCAUCUUCGUGGGCUAUAAGAACGAGAUGGAGGUCUUCUUUGAACACAAUCCGGGACUGGGAAGUCGAAUACCAUACACAAUACACUUUGAAGACUUUACCGACGACGAGCUUUGGAGAAUAUUGUGUGACAAGAUCGAAAAGAGAUAUAGUGGGAAGAUGAGAGUGGAGGAUGGACUGCACGGCUUGUACAUGCACAUUGCUAUUCGUCGACUUGGACUAGGCCGUGGGAGCAAAGGGUUCGGGAACGCGCGAGCUGUUGAAAACCUUCUCGCCACGAUAUCCGAGCGCCAAGCUCUACGAAUAAGAGAAGAAGUUCGAAAGCACAAGAACGACAAAGUCAAGCAUAAAGAUCCGAAUCGAUUCUUUUUCACAAAGGAGGACUUGAUAGGACCUGAUCCGUCCAUUGCCAAGAAAAAGAGCAAGGCGUGGAAAGAGUUGAAGGAGCUCAUCGGCCUCGAUGCUGUCAAGAAGGCUGUAGAGAACUUCUUUGGCCUUAUUGAAUCCAAUUACAGACGAGAAAUAUCCGAGCGUCGUCCGAUCCGUGUUCCCCUGAACCAAGUCUUUGUCGGUUCACCAGGAACGGGAAAGACGACAGUAGCCAGACUAUAUGGCCGGAUUCUUGCUGACUUAGGUCUUCUCAGUCGUGGAGAUGUCGUACUAAAGAAUCCUUCCGACUUUAUCGGUGACGCCGUUGGAAAGUCAGAGGCUAAUACACGGGGUAUCUUAGCCUCGACCGCAGGCAAAGUUCUUGUUAUCGACGAAGCUUACAUGCUACAUCCCGGCGAUGGCCAGACAGACUCCUAUCGCAAUGGUGUUAUCGACACUAUUGUCGCCGAAGUCCAAGGUGUCUUGGGCGAAGAUAGGUGCGUUAUCCUUGUUGGAUACGAAGACAAGCUCCGAAACAUGUUCCACCAUGUGAACCCAGGUCUCUCCAGGAGGUUCCCCAUCGAGAACGCCUUUCGAUUCGAGAACUUCUCUAAGCCCGAGUUAGAAGAGAUCAUGCGAAAAAAGAUGGAUGAGCAGGAUCUCAAUGCUACCGACGACGCGUACCGGGUUGCUGGCGAUAUCUUCGCUAGAGCUUUAAUGCGUCCCAACUUCUCCAAUGCCGGAGAAGUUGAGACUUUGAUGGCGAAAGCGAAGAUGAAUUAUGAAGCAAGAUAUGCGAAGGUUCCCAUUCCAGAGAGACCUUACGACGUUGAAUUUCAGCAAGAAGACAUCGAUCCAGACUUUGCUAGGGGAUCCAGUGGGGAAAGCAGUUGCAGGUUGCUUCUCGAUGGACUUGUCGCAGAGAAAAUCAUCACCAGGCUUGAACGAUAUCAGAAGUUGUCGAUGGCUGCCCACAGAUACAAGGUGGAACCACGAGUUCUUGUUCCGACUUGCAUUGUCUUCAAAGGCCCCCCAGGGACUGGAAAAACAACAGCGGCUCAUAAGAUGGGCAAGGUCUUUUAUGACAUAGGAUUCUUGUCCACAGACGAGGUUAUUUCUUGCACAGUAUCCGACCUCGUGGGCCAGUACGUUGGUCAGACAGCUCCGAAGACCAAGACUCAGCUCCAGAAGGCUCUUGGCAAGGUCCUCAUUAUAGAUGAUGCGCACCAACUCAAGGAGGGUUACUAUGCCAGUGAAGCCGCCAACGAGUUGACCAUGUUCCUGACGAGGGAAGAAAACACGGGAAAGAUUGUGGUCAUUCUCAUUGGCCAAACCUACCAGAUCGAGGAACUAAUGGUCGCUAGACCGGCGCUGUCUGGGUUGUUCACGGAAGAGAUUGCCUUUGAGGACAUCAAUUCGCGCGACAGCAUGUCUUUGCUGCAGAGGGAGCUUGCAAACAGACACGUCCAGGCGCCUUUCCUCAAGUACUCAUAUUUAGAGGGCUACAUGAAGGUUCUAAAAGUCUUCGAUGAGAUUCGCUCUCUUCUGUCUUGGAAUAAUGCACGACAUAUUCAGGCCUUUGCGAAGCGCAUAGCAGCCACACAUAUGCAGGAAGUUCUUCAUGAUCACGAGACGCAUGAUGACGAUCAGGAUCAGAUACCACCAGUAUCGGCGGAAACAGUACUCGCCUGCCUCAAUCAAGAGUUAUUUUCACACAAGUCCCGAUCUAAGAAGGAUACUACAGACGAGCAGAAGAAUGCGAGUGUGUCACCUUUCGACCCGAGUGCUAAUCCGUUCCGUAUCGCCAACGAGAUCCGCAAUGCGCCGCCUCCACCG